CGUUUGUUUAUUGCGAAGACGGGAGGACGUUGUCGUCGUGGCGCUCGUACAGUCCGCAGAGUGAGAGACCGAAACGCAAACGCGAAAAACGAAAAAGCUAGCAGCCACAGCAGAAUAGUAGUGUUAUUUUGUGAACUUUUUUUUUGCUGGUUUUUUUUUUGAAAUACCAAACCCGCGUCACCCUUGGCUGUCACGUGUCUGUGUGUGUGUGUGUGCGUGUGUGGAGACGGAGACCCACAUAGAAUUGUUACACUUCGAAGUGAAUACGGAUUGCAAAAUAGCAAACGACAAAUGUUUGAGCGGUUCAUCCAGAAAAUUGGUUAUGGUUUUUUUUUUGUUCGUAACCAAUCUGGAGUCAAAUCAUUGAAAAUCAUGCAGCAGCAGCAGCAGCAGCAGAAGUCGCAGUUUGUUUUGUCUAUUGGGAGGAAAUAAACAACAACAGAACCAGUAUCGAACUUCCCUUUGCAAACAAAGUGAAACAUCGGAGAGUGAAGUGAGAAGAAAUACGAGCAACGCUUUAACAAGAGGCGAAACAAAGAGAGAGAAUAAAACAAAGAUAACAACAGAGAGCGUGCCACAUCCGCGUCAUGUCGGACGAGGAUGUGCAGAUCACCAGCGUCGUGGACGCCAACGGUCAAUCACUGCCGCUGCAAGGCAACAGCCUGGGCGGCACCCCUGGCACCGUCAAACAGGAGCGCCCUGACGAUGCCGAAAUCCGUGAGCUGGCCGCCAAAAUGAAGGAGCAACAGAAGCAUCAGGCCGCCGCGCUGGCCAGUCGCCAGGCUUUGCAGCACUCUAAUGGCGCCGGCUCAGGCGGCGGAGCCAUGCAGCCGCCCGUCACCAACGGCAAUGGACAGACGAACAUCCUGAACUACUUGUCACGCCACCAGAAGCUGCCCAACGGCACCAUGCAGGUGGUGCCCGUCAUGGCAGCCAACGGACAGCGAGCCAACGGCUCGGUGCUGAUACAGAACCAGGCCGCUGGCGCAGGCGCAGGCGCAGGCGAAGCCACUGAGAAGAAGUCCUCCUCGGGCGGGCCAUGCGACGAGGAGUCGGUGAUGGGCCGCUUCGGUUGGGCACAGUUCGGCAAGGUCUCCAUCCCAUACAUCUACCGGCAGACGGAGAAGUACUGCUCGGUGCGCAUGAUCGAGCUGAAGCUGCUCGGCAAGUACCUCAACUGCUUGCAUCCGGACAUUUACUCGAGCUGCACCUGCGUGCGCAGCUACUACAUAACCGAUGCGGAGGCGCGUCUGUUCAUCGAGGUGAACCACAAGCACUGCGACGGCGAGUUCGGCCGCGACAUAUUCACACAAAAGGAUCUGGUGGUGCGUCUGGGCGACGCCUCCAAGUUCUUCCAGUUCCUGGACAUUUGCUACCGCAAGCUGGUGACCGGCAGCAAGACGCCCUCGGAGAAGUGCGGCUUCAUCCGGAUCAACAAGGAGUCCGUCGUCCCUUACACGGUGCGCAACAAUCAGCAGGUGGUGCCACUCUUUUACUUCGAGGGCGAAACGGAGAACCUCAAGACCAAGGCGGAGCUGCUCAAUGGCUGGGAUCUGGCGUACCUCAAGUUCUGCUGCAAGGUCCAGGGCAUUCGCAACGAGCUCUUCUCCAGCGAGAAUGUCGCCGUCAUUUCGCUCACGGACAUCAAGAGCUACUUCCCCAAUGGCACCGAAUUCGAGGACUACUGGCCCAGCAAGGUCGUUGACUCCAAUCUGCUCAUUGGCAAUCGGGCGAACGUUAACAAUUCUGUUAACUGGACCCGCCAACCCUCCGCCCCACCUCCAAAGAUCACGACCACUGUGAACACCAACUCCUCCAACAGCGCCGGCACCGCCGUCAACAACUCCACCACUGGUGGCGGCGGCAGCGCUGGUGGUGGUGGUGGCGCUGGCGGUGGCGGUGGCGGGGGUGUAGGCGCACAAAAGUCCCAGCAGCACAGCUCAGGCGUGACCACAGCUGCCGCACAGCAGCUGAUAAAGCAGCGCGCUGCAGCGGCAGCCAACGCCAAUGGCGUCUCAAAUGCCAGCGGAUUCGGCGCCUCGCAGGCAGCGGCAGCAGCAGCGGCCGCCUUCAAUACCCAGGCAGUGGCUGCGGCGGCGUCGGCAGCGAUGAUGCAGCACUCAGCGGGCAACAACCGCAUGCUCUCGCAGGCAACGGUGCAGGCGCUGGCCAACAGCGGCUGGAUGUCGGGACAAACAAACAUGCAGCUGCAUGCCCAAAUGAUUUCACAGGCUCAACAGUCGCAUGUGGCAAACGCGAAUCGUGUGGGCAGCUAUCGCGAGCACAUGAACAACCUGAUGAUGAGUGGCAGCAGCCGUCAGCCGUAUUCCUACAACAAUCCUUCGAUCUCCAUGUCCUCGGUGAACAGUCACAAUGCCAGCGGCGGGGGUAAUGCCCCACCGCCGCUGGUGCGCUCCGCAGCCGGCCAGAAUGCCAAUCACAUGUCGAAUGUCGAGCAGUCACUGGUGCAACAACAACAACAACAGCAACAGCAACAAAAGACUCAACAACAACAACAACAACAACGACACCAACCACACCAAAACAGCACAUUCAACAACAACCACGUACAACAACAACAACAACAUCACAGUCAAAACCACCAACAAACACACCAACAGAACAAGAAUACCCACAACAACACGCACAACAACAACAACAGUAACACCAACAACAACAACAGUACCUACAAUCAUUCCGCCGGCCACGCUCUCGGCAAAAGCUUCAGCAGCGGCGGGAACGGCAAGAAAAGUAACUCCUCCUCCUCCAACACCAACACCAACUCCUGCGCCUCCAACAACACCAACACCAACAGCAACAGCAACACCAACCAGCAAUCCCAAUCGGCCGCUGCCAUGGCAGCCGCUGCUGGCUAUGUCCAGGCCCUGUUCGGUGGCGGCGGCGGCACCACGGGCAACUCCUUCAACUACAACCUGCCAUCAACGAGGGCGGACUACACGAAUCUGGCCGAGUGGAAUCAGCUGACGCCCGCCCAGCGGUUGCUCUUCAGUCAGCAGCUGAAGAGUUGCACCGGCGGAGGUGCCCCCAAUGCCGCCAGUGUUGGCUCUCAUCCAGUCAUCGCGGGAGGAGUUGGUGCCGCCAGUUCCGGCUUGGGGCAGAAGAACUUUCCGACGCUGCCUUCCCUGCCGCUGGACACGGAUCUCAUCACGAUGCUGGACUACAACAAUCCCAACAAAUCGGCCAGCAAGAGCUCCAAGACGGGGAAUGGCAGCAGCAGCGGCAGCGGCAGCGGUGGAGGGACCUUUACGAAGCCGAAUGUCCCACCACUGAUACCAGAUGGCGGACUUGGAGUCGGAGCUGAGCAGAUGAGCACCGCCAAAAGUCGCAGAGGAGGAGGAGGAGGUGGAGGUGGCGAUGGCUCCGGUGGGGCCACCACAAUAUCCCUAAACUCCACCCAGGCGCUGGAGGACUUUGAGAAGAAGCUGAAAAUGACGGACGAGAUGCGUGCCGUCAUACAGAAGGUUCUGGCCAAUCCCGAUCUCUCCACGUUCAUCCAGACGAAUGCGGCGGCAGCAUCCAAUCAUGGUCAGGGUCAUCUGGUGCCCUCCUACAUAUCGCCGCCCAUGUCCCCGUCGGUGGGCGUGGGUUUGGGUGGUGCGCUGGCGGGCAUUGGCGGUGUGACCACCCUGUCCCUGGCCUCCAAUCCAAAUGUGACCAUCACGCCCCAGCUGCCGGGCCACUUUCUGCACUCACCCUCCAGCUCAUGUUCCAGCUCAAGUGCCUCCACCACGGCCGCCUCGCCGCUGGGCAAUGGUCAGGCUGCAUCGGGUGGUGGUCCAGCCGGUGCCGGCGGCGGCGGUGGCGGCGGCGGCGGCAAGGGCGGUGUGGGGCGACAGAAGAGCGUCAUCUGCUCGACCAAAUCGAACAAUCUGCCGAUGGCCAUACUCUCGCUCUCGCCGCAGAGCAGUGCCAGCGGUCGUCGCGGGGGUUCUGUUAAUUACGGGCGUCAGACACACAGCCACAGUCACAGUCACAGUCACAGUCAUAGCCAUAGCCAUAGCCACCACCAUCAUCACAGCCAUUCACACACCCAUCCCACACACUCGCCACAGUUUAGUAGUAGUAAUAAUUCUAGUAGCAAUAGCAGUAGCCACUAUCAGCAGGAUGGGAAGAAUCCGAAUCCGAAUCCGAAUCCGAAUCCGAAUCCUGGUGCUGGCAGUCGAACGACACCCACUGACGUUAUCGAUUUGUCCUCUUCCCGAAGGUCUCUGGCAGCGUCAGCGGCCUACCUGCAGCAGCAUCAGCAGGCGGCUGUCGCGCAGCAGCGCAUGGCAGCGGUGGCCGCUCAUCAUGCCCAGCAGAAUGGACGCAGCGCCUCGAAUGCCAGCGGCGGUGGCGGUGGAGGAGGCGGUGGAGGAGCCGGUGGCGGCAGCACUGGCAGCACCGGCGGCAGCAGCAGCGGCAGCAACUCAUCCUCGGGCUCAGCGUCGGCGAACAGCGCCUCUCUGCACCUGCAACGUCAUGCGGCGCUGGCCCAUGCGGCGGCUGCCGCCGGCGCGGACGGUGCACAGCGGCUGUGCGUGAUACCAGAGAUACCCACAAACAACAUGAACCUGCAUCCCUACAAGAUACAGAAGGUGUGCGUGGACAAGCACCUGGUGCCGUGCAUCAACAUGAAGGCCUACAAUGACUCCGAGCAGCUGAUGACCCUCAUUGAGUUCCAGAAGAACUUUUUCCCCUCCGUGCCGCUCGAGCACUGCAAGCGUCUGAUCGAGGCACUCGGCGUGGAGUUGUACAAGGCGAACCGACGACAAGUGCAGAUUCUCAUGGAGUACGACCGAACGUACACGAACGAGAAUAUGCCGCUGGUGCAGGUGCGCGACAUAAUCAAGUAUAUGACGCAGUUGACAUUCAUGACACGACAGUCGGAGCAGCCGCCAGCUAAGCGGACGCGAACGAGCUAGGAUUUAAGCUGGGGAGCACAACAUUUUACACCAACAACAAACACAACAAGUACCACAACAACAACAUCAGCAGCAGCAGCAGCAGCAGCAGCAGCCACAGCCAACACAACAACAAGAGCAACAGUAACAGAAGCAGAAGCAGCGACGCCACUGCGUAGAAGAGCCUCAACGCCGCCACACAAUCUGAGCAGCGAUGUGCUGCCUAUGAAGCGAAAGUCGAGUGCAGCUUUAGCACCCCCACCAGCACCAGCAACACCACCAAAACCACCAACCGGCACACCAACACUUUCAGUCACAGCAGCAGCGAACACACACAACAACAGCAACACAUACGAAAUGUUGUACUCCCACAACCAACACCAACAGCAACACCCGCACCCGCACCAACCGCAACCGCAACCGCAACCGCUCCCGCAACACCACCAACAACAGCAACAGCAACAUGCUGAGCAGCAACAUGUUGAGCAACAGCAGCAACAUGCUGAGCAGCAGCGGCUGCUUAAGAAGCGGCAACAUGCCGAGCAAACAGCAGCAGCCACUGGUCCAAGUGGCAGAACUGCCGCACAGAAAAUGGCCGAGGCGGAGCAUGCUUACCUCUCGAAUCUGUAUGGCAAGGCGGCAGCCAAUAUGCUGAGUCCGCCGCUAAGCAGCGCCCUACCAGAGUGGAGUCUAGUGCAGCAGAAACAACAGCAACAGCAACAGCAGCAGCAGCAGCAGCAACAGCGUCAGCGCAGAGCAGCGCAACUGCAGCAGCAGCAGCAGCAGCAACACGUGACAGCGGCAGCGGCAGCACCACCGCCAGCAGCACGUGCGCCACCGCCACCGCAGCAGCGGCACAUUAUGAUGCGCCGGCAUAGCGUGUGCGCGGCAGGAUUGGCCCGGUUGUCGCCGGCCUCCAGUCACACUUCCUCGGCCACGGCCUCGCCCACAUCGGCGGCAGCAGCAGCCGCCCUGGCCGCAGCCUCCUACUACGGCAAUGCAGCGGCCGCAGCGGCGGCAGCGUUCACUGCACCAUAUCAGCAUCAUCAUCAUCAUCAUGCGGCAGCGGCGGCAGCCGCCCACCAUCAUGCAGCGGCAGCGGCGGCAGCAGCAGCGGCUGCGGCGGCAGCCCAUCACUCGCACGGUCAGCCAUCGCCGACGAUAUAUCCGCCGACGCCACCGCCAUCGGCGCCGUGGGUGCAUCCCUGGUAUGCGGGCGACGCUCCCUUCUGAGAGCGGCCCCAGCAAGUAUCCCAACAAAUUUUGUAAAUUUUAGUUGUAGACUUAAGCUAUUUAAUAACUUAUCUUAUGGAUACCUAUUUUUUUUUUGGACUAGCUCUUAAGUAGGCUAAGUACAACAAUUUCUGGGCAUUAUAUGCCGCUAAAAAUGGAUCGACAAACAGGCAGACAGGCGACAGGCGACAGGCGACAGAGUGAGGUUGGAGGUGGGAGGUUAACUAUCUUAAUGGCUACUUGAAUUUGCGUGUAGAACAUUUACACAUGAGAACUCAAAGAACUGAUUACAAUUUAUUAUCAAUUUAUUAUCACACACACACACACACAACAAAAUGCAUACAAAAAAGAAUGAACAGAAGCCAAGCCGCCACGCAGCAGUUGUUGGCGCUCGUUUUGCGCAUUAGAAA